UUUUACCAAAUGUACUCAUGUUCAAUAUUUGCCUCUCUCUAAACAUAUAAUGUGUCAGAUACUGCAUUUCUAGUAGAACAUGAAUUUAUUUUUAAUCUUUUUCACACACCUUCAAACUUCCUUCCAGGAUUUGUCUCACAUCUUACUUCAAUUUGAUGCCGUCGUAUCCAACAUCGAACAUCACAUGUGCUGUAAAUGUUUCCUGAAAAAGACGCAGGUUUAAAAACAAGCAAAGGAAACAGCCUCACCACUGAGGUUUAUUGCCUCACUGUGGGGUGUGUAUAGGUGUGUUUAACAAUCUGUUUUCCAGAAACCUGUCGUCACGAUUGGACGGGCGUUACACAUACGUGGCUCCAGUCGGCCACCUUUGUUUGUUUAUAAAGGCCGCCGUCGCCUCCUGCUCUCUACCUGUCGCCCAGGAGACCGACUCACCGUCCUUCUGAUCUACAUCUGAGCGAAGUUUUCAUCAUCGUCGCCAUGGCUGUGACCAACCAACCAGGCAAAUACGAGCCCUCCGACUUCCAGACAGAUCUGUGCGACUGCUGCGAUGACUGUGGAACCUGUUGCUGCGGGUUUUUCUGCUUCCUGUGUCUCGGCUGCUCCAUCGCCAGAGACAUGGACGAGUGCUGUCUGUGCGGCGUCGGCAUGCCGAUCCGCGCCGUCUACAGAACCAGAUACAACAUCAGGGGAUCUCUGUGUAAGGAUUACCUGGCUGCGGGCUGCUGCCCCUUGUGUGCCACCUGCCAGCUGAAGCGGGACAUUGACCGCAGAAAGGAGCAGGGCAUUUUCUAAACAGAUGAGACGUCAUGACGACGGAGAAGCCGGAACCCCCCCCCGGACUGGUGGACUGAUAGGAGCCCUUCUCUCUUUCUUGAUGAAGAAAUGAUUCUGUUUAUGACAUCGUUUUUUUUUUUUGUUUUUUUUUACGUUUUGUCGUUCACCUUUGUUGUUUUUCCUUUACCCACAAACCUUUGCUCAACAUUGGGAAACCAUGUUUAUCUCCUGCUAUUAGUCCCACCCAGGGUUAUGAUGUAAUGCGGUCAUGUUGGAGGAACGAACCCUGUGAUCGUUAAAAUAUGCCGCUAAUAGUUUGACAUUAUGUUGUAAAAUGCAAAGAGUUUUACAUUACAUAAAAUGUAAAACUCAGUUUUACAAACGUCAACACCUACUUGUAAAAGUGUUGUCAUAUUCCAGAGGAACCAAUGAAACUUGAUUUUCAAUUAAAUAGUUUUAAUAAACACUCUUAAGUUUG